AUUUCCUCUAUUCAAAACACAUCAACGAGCCAACAAAAGUCAUUUCUUCUUCUUCCUCUCAAGAAUCAAAACCGAAAACAGAGAAACAUCACCACCAAUGGGAUGUUUUAUGGGUUGUUUCGGUCUCUCUUCCAACAAAAAACGCAGAAACUCCAUUAGGAAGAUCCUUCCUCGAGAUCAAAGAAUCUGUAGCUAUGAACCGCUACUUUCUUCAGAUCCAACAGAUUUCAGUACUGUUUUAGAUAACCCUGAAAAGAUCUCAAAUUCGAACCUCAGGGGUGAAGUGGGGGAGGAGGAGAAGAAGGUGACUAAGAAGACGAGGAAGAGAGUCAGAUUUGACUUGAAUGUACAAACCUAUGAACCUAUUGUACCAGCAAGAUAUGAGAAUGAUUGCAGUGAUGAUGAAGAGGGAAAAGGAGAAAGAAGCAAUGGAUCUUCGGUUAUCGACAAGAAACCAGAGGAUCUAAGCAGUAGAUCUGUGUAUCCUUCAAACUAUAGAUACCACAAUUGUGUUGAUAGUUUUGAGGAUGAGGAUGAAAUGGGUUAUGGAGAGAGUGAUUUGGAGGAUGAAGACUAUUACACCGAUGAUGAAAACGACUAUGAAGAUGAUGCUGAUGAUGAAGAUGAAGAAGAAGAAGAAGACAAGGACCAGGACGUGACUCCUCUUUUGAAUCCAGUGGAGAAUCUUGCUCAGUGGAAAGCGGUUAAAGCAAGGCCGGUGAAAGUUAAACGGGUAAUGAAAGAGAAUGUUGAAACUGAUAUGGAUGAUCAAGCAAAACCGCUACUGAAGGAGAUAAUCGUCAAUACUAGCCUUUCCAAUUGGUUGGCCUCACCAAAGAGUUUUCAUGGGAAUGGUUCGUCGAAUAGAUCCCCAAUUGUGGAUAUCACCAACAUGGAGAACAGGUAAAAGGGUUCACAAUGUUUAAGAAAAGAAAAAAAGUGUGUUUUGUUGUUUGUCUUUGUAGCAUUUCUGAUUCUUUCUGUGUGUAUGGAUGGAGGUUUGUAUCGGUUUUCCCUUUUUGGGUUAUUUUUACCACUAGUUGUUUCUGCAACUAAAUCUUGAUAAAGUUGUGAUCUUUCA